UCUCCUCUCCCAGGCGCUCCGCGCUUCACUUCAAAGAAAGCACAGAAACAACAGUACCCGCCGUCGUCCUUAUCUUCAACCGCGAACGAUUUCUCUGCAUUAGAUAUGGUUUCGGUGACAAUCCCUGGUCGGAUUCCAUUUCCUCCGAGCCAUCCAUCCUUCAAAUUCCAACCGGACAACAACUGCAAAACUCACCAGAAAUUCCUCUCUCCCACCGCGAAAUGGAGAUGCUCGGCUGGCGACCAACCCCAGCCGCAGCAACAGAAGCCCCGGCGACGGUCGACGAGCAAGAAGAGCCAGCCCCAAGGCGAGAAAGGGAUCGACCCGGUUGGGUUUCUAACCAAACUCGACAUUUCCCAUAAACCCUUCGCCCUGUUCCUCCGCGAAAGGCAUAAAUUAUUGAAGAACCUGAAGGAUGAAAUUUUCAAACGAUUCCUGAAUCUCAAGGAAAUAGCUUCGGGAUUUGAAAUAUUGGGCAUGCACCGCAAUGUGCAACAUCGGGUGGACUUCAUGGAGUGGGCUCCAGGUGCUCGCUAUUGUUCACUGGUUGGUGACUUUAAUGGGUGGUCACCAACCGAGAAUUGUGCAAGGGAAGGUCAUUUUGGGCAUGAUGAUUAUGGGUACUGGUUUAUCAUUCUGGAAGAUAAACUCAGGGAUGGGGAAAAACCAGAUGACCUGUAUUUUCAGCAAUAUAACUAUGUAGACGAUUUUGAUAAAGGUGACUCUGGUGUGUCUAUUGAAGAAAUUUUAAAAAAAGCAAAUGACGACUACUGGGAACCUGGGGAGGACAGGUAUGUUAAAUCACGUUAUGAAAUUGCAGCUAAGCUAUAUGAGCAAAUAUUUGGUCCUAAUGGACCUCAAACAGAAGAAGAAUUGGAAGAAAUACCUGAUGCUGAGACAAGGUAUAGAGCAUGGAAAGAGCAGCACAAAGAUGAUCCACCUAGCAAUUUACCUCGAUAUGAUGUGAUCGAUGAUGGGAAGGAAUAUGAUAUUUUCAACAUUGUGGAUGAUCCUGUAUCACGAGAGAAAUUUUAUGCUAAAAAGCCCCCUCUUGAAUACUGGUUAGAGACCCGUAAGGGAAGGAAAGCAUGGUUAAAAAAAUAUACACCUGGUAUCCCUCAUGGCAGCAAAUAUAGGAUAUAUUUUAACACUCCGGAUGGGCCUUUGGAGCGAGUUCCUGCAUGGGCCACCUAUGUACUUCCUGAUGCUGAUGGAAAACAAGCUGUUGCUGUCCACUGGGAGCCACCUCCUGAAUGUGCAUACAAGUGGAAGCAUAAGCAUCCAGAAGUACCAAAAUCAUUGCGUAUCUAUGAAUGCCAUGUUGGGAUUAGUGCACUGGAGCCAAAAGUUGCGUCAUUCAAUGACUUCAUGGAGAAUGUCCUUCCUCAUGUCAAAGAAGCGGGUUAUAAUGCAAUCCAAUUGAUUGGACUUAUUGAGCACAAAGAUUAUUUCACUGUUGGCUAUAGAGUUUCCAAUUUAUACGCUGUUAGCAGCCGUUAUGGUACACCUGACGACUUCAAGCGGUUGGUUGAUGAAGCUCAUGGAUUAGGACUACUUGUGUUCUUAGACAUUGUCCAUUCCUACUCAGCAGCAGAUGAGAUGGUUGGAUUAUCACUUUUUGAUGGAUCAAAUGACUGCUAUUUUCAUACUGGUAAGCGAGGGCAUCACAAAUUUUGGGGAACCAGAAUGUUCAAAUAUGGAGAUAUUGAUGUGCUGCAUUUUCUUCUCUCAAAUCUGAAUUGGUGGGUGGUUGAAUAUCAUGUUGAUGGUUUCCAGUUCCAUUCACUCCCAUCAAUGAUUUAUACACACAAUGGAUUUGCUUCUUUUACUGGAGAUAUGGAAGAAUAUUGUAACCAAUAUGUUGACAAGGAUGCUUUAGCAUACCUCAUUUUGGCCAAUGAUAUACUUCAUGCUCUUCAUCCUAAUAUAGUUACAAUUGCUGAAGAUGCAACCCUUUAUCCUGGGUUAUCUGAGCCAACUUCUCAAGGAGGAUUGGGCUUCGAUUACUAUGUCAAUCUUUCUGCGCCUGAGAUGUGGUCGUGGUUACUUGAGAAUGUCCCUGACCAUGAUUGGAGCAUGAGCAAGAUUGUGAGCACAUUAGUGGGAAACAAGCAUGGUACUGAUAAAAUGCUUUUGUAUGCUGAAAAUCACAACCAGUCCAUAUCAGGGGGGCGGUCAUUUGCAGAAAUUUUACUUGGUGGAGCCGUAGAACAUGCUUCUGAUAGAAGUGAGCUUUUGCUUAGAGGGUGUUCACUCCUCAAAAUGAUCAGAUUGAUUACAUUUACAAUUGGAGGUCAUGCUUACCUCAGCUUCAUGGGAAAUGAAUUUGGGCAUCCAAAGAGGAUAGAGUUCCCAAUGGCAAGUAACAACUUCUCUUUUUCACUUGCUAACCGUCGAUGGGAUCUGUUGGCAAAUGGAGUGCACUGUGAAUUGUUUUCCUUUGAUAAGGAUAUGAUGAGCAUGGAUGAGAAGGAAAGAAUUCUUUCAAGAAGCCUUCCUAACAUUCACCAUGUGAAUGAUGCUGCUAUGGUUAUAUCUUACUUGAGAGGUCCCUUUCUUUUCAUAUUCAAUUUUCAUCCCACUACUUCUUAUGAAAGAUACAGUGUAGGUGUUGAAGAAGCUGGAGAGUAUCGAGUUAUAUUGGAUACGGAUGAAAAGAAGUAUGGUGGUCAAGCACGUGUAAACAAGGACCAAUUUAUUCAAAGAACUAUUAGUAAAAGAAUUGAUGGUCUCCGACAUUGCUUGGAAGUGUCCCUUCCUAAUAGAAGUGCUCAGGUCUACAGAUUAACCCGAAUUUUGAGAAUGUGAACUGCCAAGGUGUGCAUUCUCAAGCUUGUGAAACUAUUCGCAAUUAUUUCAAGGAACGGAGCCAGUAUCAAUGAUGUAUAGCUGGUCUAGCGUCUGCAGGCCAUAUUUUCUGUCCUUUAGAAGAUUCCAAGGGUGAAUUUUGUUGGAACUUUUGCAUGAUUCUGCACCAUCUUGCAUGAUAGAAGCGAAGAUCUUUCAAGUCAUCAUGCCCAAUUCUGAAGCUUCGCCUCAACAGCUCUGAACCGUACCAUCUUCAUGAACACGAGGGGACUGAAGGAUUACUAGUGUGUCAUCUGGUCUACCAGUGACUCGAAGAAAAAGCUCGUUUGAAAUGACAACAAAAAAAAAAAUAGAGAUUCUUGAGGACCGUACUAGGAAGAGAUCCCAACCCUUUGAAAGAGAUCUGGUGCAGAGGUGAAGAAGAAGAAUGCAGGAUGUAUUUGAUGGUUCAGGGGUGAACAAUGGGUGGGGUGCAGUGAGACUGGAAUGGUGUCUCUGAUCAUCUAAUUCCAAGAGGAUCUUCAACACUAAUAAGCUCUUGUUGUUGCUUCAACUUCAAGUUCUUCCUGCUGUGAAAUAUGGAUUGGCUCUUUUCCAAGUCAGCCUCAUUUCUGAAAUUUAGUUUUGCUGAAAUUUGUAGUUUUGUAGAGCGCCUUAUAAUUGGUAGGUUAGAAGCUUGAGUUUUGGAAACAGAUUCUUUUAACAGUGCACGGAUAAUGUUAUGUACAAGAGAGCAUGUUAGAGGCGGCCACCUUGGGCAAAUAUGAUUUGCUUGUUAUUGAUGGGUCAAUAGUGUGUUAGUUUUUGUUAUUUCAAGUCCUCUAGUUUUAGUGUUCUGCA